AUGGAGACUAUCUUGAUAAUAUUAUAUGCUAUACCUGGAGGCCUGCUAGGCUUUCUUAUAUACAUCCUCAUCAAUGCGGAAAGGGCCUCUGGAAGAUGGACGUGUCAAUGUCGACACUGUCAACAUCAAAAUCCGGGCCAGACAGACAGCGAAGUCACAAAUCCCCUGAUCUUGAAAGCUGAGAGCUUUGAGUCUGGCACGAGCUACUUGAGUCCAUAUCCGAAUGUCUGCCAGGACUGCAGCGAAAUCCCAGAGCCUCCACCCGUGACGGAUCCCCUUAUAGUUGACUACUACUACGACUACUACUGCCACUACUACGACUGCCACCAUCCAACUAACAGCCAGCGCGACAGCGAAGCCCCAAAACCUCCACCUGUGACAGAUCCCCAUAUAGUUUACUACUGUUACUACUACUUCUCCUACUACUAUCGUUAUCACUAUGCGAAUGACUGCCAGACUGCCAGUGAAAUCACAAAUGCUCCGUCCUCGACGACUGAGAGCUCUAGGCAUCGCAUCAGCCGUUGGAGGCCUAAAAAUAAGAGGCGUGCGCUUUCCAGCCGUAUCCAAGGCACGGUGGCUUCUACCUCAACAGCUGCAGUAUCCUCAAAUUCCCCAGCGCGAGGAAAACAGCAAAUAAACAUAGGUCGUGCCAGGGCCUCUAACUUGAAAUCGGUCUACAUGACGAGUUGGGCAUCGAGGAUACCUCGGCCGAUUAACAGGGACAGGCUGCACUGCGGGUCACGGCCUAAGAAGGUGACCUUUGGGGAAAUCCGAGUGAUUCAGUUUUACAAAUAG